UGUUGAUGAUGUAAACAAUCAGGCUGUCACUUUUACUUUCCUUUAUCGGCGGUGCGGGAAAUAAAAUUCCGAAGAUGUUCUCGAACAGUUUUCUCCGUUUAGUUUCGCAACAAAUUCCAGGGAUCCGUCUGUUGUCAACAGUAUCGGCGGAAGCACCAGCAAGCAACAGAUAUGCUCGACCGUUGAACAAAAUGUGUGGAUGGCAAAUCCAGUCCUAUGGCAGCCUGGACGAAGUAGAGCACAGCGAUGGCCUGAAGAUGCCGGUUCUUACAUCUCCACAUCAACUGCUGGUCAAAGUGACGGCUACCUCGGUUAAUCCGAUUGAUGUAGCCAUGAUAAAGGGCUACGGAGCAUCUGUGUUGAACACGAUUAGGUGUAAGAAUGGGAUAGAAUUCCCGCUGACACUUGGCCGAGAUUUCUGCGGAGAAAUCGUACAAAAAGGAUUGGCCGUAUCAAGCCGAGAUCUGGAUGUUGGCGAUGAGGUCUGGGGUGUAGUUCCAGUUCAUCAACAAGGCUGCCAUGCAGAAUACGUUGUGGUAGAUCGGUAUUGCCUUUCCAGAAAACCAGAGAAUCUCAACAGAGUCGACGCCAGUGCGGUGCUCUACGCAGGACUAACAGCUUGGUCGGGCCUUUAUUUGACUGGUCUAUUUGGAAAUCUACUAGGUGCUAUCUCACCUGUAGGUGGUGGUCGUGGUAAAAAAGUACUUGUGCUAGGCGCUUCCGGGGGUGUUGGGUCGCUGGCAGUACAGAUGCUGUUGGCUGAGGGUGCUGAAGUUUAUGCGACAUGCUCAACAGAUGCUACCGAAAUGAUCCAAAACCUGGGGGUUACCUACGUGUUCGAUUACAAUGACCCAACACAUGUACAAAAUCUUUCGAGGGCAGGGAGAUUCGAUAUCAUUCUGGACUGUGCUGGGAAGGGAACAGAAUAUGCUACCGCCGUUCCUUGGAGGUUCGAACAAUACAUCACGUUCAAUUCACCUGUACUGAAGAAUAUCGACGAAAAUGGCUUCGCGACAGGACUGUAUCAAAACGCAUUGAGCAUCGUCCGCAAUAAUGUUGCUUCUGUCAGUAAACAGAACGGACUCGUGAAAUGGGGUUAUUUUGUUCCGGCCCCACAAGGCAUUGCCUUCCUCCAGAAUUUGGUGGAAAAGGGAAAACUAUUGCCCAUAAUUGAGAAAACAUACACAUUUGACCAAAUAAGUGAUGCUUACCAACGUGUAGAUGCAAAACAUCUGAGAGGGAAAAUUGUGAUAAAUUAUAAUUGAGACAGAAUAAAUAAAAAAUACGUAACUGU